GUCGUCGCGACUGCACCGGUGGGAGUAGGGCGCGGGACUCGGUGUGAGGCCGGCGGGUGGACAGGGUGCAGCGGUCUCGCCCCGGCGGCGGCGGAGGUCGCAGACGUUGUCGGUUGGGUGCGAGUCCGCUGAACAGACGAGCGGCCUUUCAGCCUCUUUCUCUUGCUGAUCAGAACCCCGGAGCCGGGGCCCGCUCAGCCGGCGUCACAAUGACCAAGGCCGGUGGCAAGGGCGGGAGCCUCCGCGACAAGCUAGACGGCAACGAGCUAGACUUGAGCCUCGGCAACCUAAACGAGGUCCCCGUCAAGGAACUGGCUGCUCUCCCAAAGGCCACCGUUCUGGAUCUCUCCUGCAAUAAGCUUACUACUUUACCGUCGGAGUUUUGUGGCCUCACUCACCUGGUGAAGCUGGAUCUGAGUAAAAACAAGCUGCAGCAGCUGCCAGCGGACUUUGGCCGACUGGUCAACCUCCAGCACCUGGAUCUCCUCAACAAUAGGCUGGUCACCCUGCCUGUCAGCUUUGCUCAGCUCAAGAGUCUGAAGUGGCUGGACCUGAAGGAUAACCCGCUGGACCCUGCCCUGGCCAAAGUGGCAGGUGAUUGCUUGGAUGAGAAGCAGUGCAAGCAGUGUGCAAACAAGGUGUUACAGCACAUGAAGGCUGUGCAGGCUGACCAGGAGCGAGAGAGGCAGCGGCGGCUGGAAGUUGAACGAGAGGUGGAAAAGAAGCGGGAGGCUAAACAGCGAGCCAAGGAGGCUCAAGAGCGGGAGCUGCGGAAGCGGGAGAAGGCCGAAGAGAAGGAGCGUCGGAGAAAGGAGUAUGAUGCCCUCAAAGCCUCCAAGCGGGAACAGGAGAAGAAACCUAAGAAGGAAACCAACCAGGCCCCAAAAUCAAAGUCUGGCUCCCGCCCCCGCAAGCCACCGCCCCGGAAACACAAUCGCUCCUGGGCUGUGCUGAAGCUGCUGCUACUGUUGCUCCUGUUCUGUGUGGCUGGCGGGCUGGUGGCCUGCCGGGUCACAGAGCUGCAGCGGCAGCCCAUCUGCACCAGCGUGAACACCAUCUACGACAAUGCGCUCCAGGGUCUGCGCAGCCAUGAGAUCCUCCAGUGGGUCCUCCAGACCGAUUCGAAGCAGUGAGCUUGUCCUCCACACCUGCUGCCUCCCCAUCCCCAGCCUUGGAGCUUGGAUUCCUAUGGAAUUGGGUUCUGCUGGACACAACCUCUCGUUAGCGUCCGACCUAUCUGCCACCAUCAAAUGGCUGCCGAUUGGUACUGGAGACCUCCUUUCUGUAGGACUUCUUGGUUCCUUAGUCAGGGGUCCCUGUGGAAUAAGGAAAACUGGGAGGUGGGGGGAGGAGUUACCUGCAUGACUGAAGGAAUGGGCCUGGGGGUGGGGAGAGGAGACCAGCCUUUCUGUUGUUACUCAUCUGUAAAGGCAA